UUGCUUGAAGUUAGAAUGCUGCUUUCAUGCUGGUUGCUUCUGUGUUGUGGCCUCGUGGCUGCUGUGGAGGAGCAGCACUAUGCCACAUCGACACGACACCUGGCCUUCCUGCUCCAAGUGGAGGAUGAACUGCUGGCGCACGUGCGUCAGUAUGCGGCAAAGCUGCAGCAGAAGGUGGACACAAUGAGAGUGCUGCAGGCCGAGUGGCUGGCCAGAAGAUUGGCAGCCAGAGCAGAUCCUGUGAGCUAUGCGGCCAAUCCUUUGAGGAGUCUGCCGCUGAUGCGGAGAAUGCACGUGGAUGCGAGAAAGUGGCUGAACUUUGCACGCCUCGAGGUUGGACAGGAGUCUCUAAAGCAACUGGCGGAGUACGAGCUGGGUGUAAUCACCGCAGUGGAUCUGAAGGAGGCAGCCAAUGGAUUGCUGCGCAUACAGGAGACCUACGAUCUACAUGAGAGAGACAUGGCACGUGGAAUACUGCAACAUAAGCAAUACAAUUCCAGAUUGAGCGCCGCAGAUUGUCUGACUUUGGGCGCACAUCUGGAAGAUCUGAAGAAGGGCCCACUCGCCUGCAGGUGGCUGGAAGUGGCCCUGGAACAGUUCGAAGACAAGUGGCAGCCCCUUGACUGGCUGCUGCAGGCGGGACGCUCUCAGAUCUGGCAGCAGCUUGGCUUGACGCGAAUCAUGACACAUGAUCUCCACGGCAGUCGUGCUGCCUUCACAAAGGCCGUGGAGCUGGCCAGCGAGGGGGAGGACGUGGCAAUCGCUCAGCAUCUUGCAGACAACCUGGGCCACCAUUUUGUGCACCAGCGGAACUGCCAGGGCAAGAGUCGCCUGCCGGUGCAGUCCUCGCUGCGCUGCCGCUAUGCCGCAGAGGGUUCCGCCUAUCUGCGCUUGGCUCCACUCCGCAUGGAGCAACUCAGCCUGGAUCCCCUUGUGGCCAUCUACCAUGAGGUUGUCUCUGCCGCCGAGCAGCGUGAUUUGUUAAGCCUAAGCCAAACCCAAUUGCAGCGCCAUCGGGGUCAUCGCUACGAUGCGGUACGCACAUUUGCGAGUGCUGAGUUGGUCUCAAAUGCCACGCUCCAUGUGGAGCGACUGCAUCGAAAGCUGGAGGAUAUCACAGGACUUGAUCUAGCAGAAAGCGAACCGCUGAGAAUUUUGAACUAUGGACUGGGGGGGCAGUACUACAUCCAUGAAGAUUGCAAGCAGCCGCAGCCUCACGUGGAGCCCUAUCCCAAGGAGUAUCGCCUGGCCACCGUUUUACUCUAUCUCAGUGAUGUGCGCCUGGGCGGGUACACAUCCUUUCCCGCUCUGGGCUUGGGCAUCCGGCCUCAACGUGGCUCCGCUCUGGUCUGGCACAAUGCAAAUAAUGCGGGAAACUGUGACUUUAAAGCGCUCCACGCUGCCUGUCCCGUGCUGCUAGGCACACGAUGGGUUGCCAGCAAGUGGAUCAGUGGGUCAGGCGGCCAGUGGCGCCGGAAACCGUGUCGCAAGUGAGGGACACACACACACACGUACACACACAC